ACGUUAGUUUCAUUCUUUUCUCUGCUGACGUAAUUUGGAUCGCCGAUCUAAACUGAUUUUAGGCUGUAAGUCAGGUCCUGGUCGUCGUUGCCUGUGGUAUCAUUCUCUCUCGAACGGGAUACCUCAGUCAGUCUGCUCAAAAGGCAAUAUCACAAGUCAACCUUUAUUUCAUGACACCAUGUCUGCUCUUUACAAAAAUCGCAUCCACCAUCACUUGGGAGCAGUUCAAAGCCUUUUGGCCCAUUCCAGUAUUUUAUCUCAUCUUUUCGGGCGUCUCUUUGAUUGUAGCCCGUAUUGGGUCCCGGUUUCUUCGCUUCUCUUCGGAUGAGGAAAAGUUUGUCAAAGCCUCGAUUCUAUUUUCCAACACAAACUCUCUACCCAUGGCGCUACUUCAGUCCCUAGCAUUGAGUGCCGCAGGAAGUCAGCUGUUUCGGGAUGAGAAGGAUACAAAAGAACAGGUCGCUGCUAGAGGAAUCUCUUACAUUUUAUUCUAUGCUAUCUUUGGAAAUUUAGUCCGGUGGUCUUAUGGGUUCACAUUACUAGUACCCAAGGAUCAUGGAAAGCAACAAGAACAAGUUGAAUUGUUAGACACAGACCAGGUUCAUGAAGCAGAUCACCGUCAACUUGAGCAACCCGAAUCUAAUAUGGAAUCUGGAGGUCUUUUAAUUAAUAUGGAUGGAACUCUAUUAGGGUCAUCUUCAAAUAAUGCGAUAUUGAGCAGUGGCUCGUCCAUAAGGACGCUACAUGAGGGCUAUAUGGACAAUAACAUGGAAGAGGAUGGCGGCGAUGGGCACUCGACAGUCUUUCAGUCCAAAUACUGGCCAAAGAACUCUUCUUCAACCCACACACAAUUACAUUUACCCUCAAUCCCUGGAACCGUCAAGAGGUUCUCUUUGGCUUGGGGAACACGCAAAAUCCAACAUUGUCAUCGACGACGGUCUACAAAGACUAUGCUAAAACAAAAGGCGACGACUGUCUUUGAUAGGAUUCAACAGGUCUUAACACCUCCUUUAUUGACUGCAAUUAUUGCUCUUGUGAUUGGUUUGGUGCCGGCUUUGCACGAGUUGUUCAUGAGCCCAGAGUCAAAGAUCUAUGCGUUUGUGAUUCAUCCGAUUGAGGGCUGCGGAGCAGCGGCUAUUCCCAUGAUCUUGUUGUGCCUUGGUGCACAAGUAGUCCAAUUCGCAGCUUCAUCAGACUCCUCAGAGGAACCAAUUAGGCCUGCUCAGCUCCAAAGGCGUCGCAGCGCUAGUACGCCCUCCAUCUUUCCUAAUGGAUAUCAAGGCGAUGACUCCGGAAGUUCAACUGAAGAAGAAGAGGAUCACCGUGGCCGCAAUGGAGAACCUGAAUGGCUCCGUGUACAUGUACCGCAUCUUACAGAUCCUGGACAUAGGGAUGGCUAUGGACAAAAUGGGAUUGGAUCAACACGAUCACACGCUUCCUCGGCAACAACAUUACUCCAGCCCGACAAUUUUGAAGAGGAUGAAGAAGAUGAGAUUCCCCCUUUAGGAUCACAUAUUACAUUUUACAAUGAUUCAACCGAACUAUCUUUGAUGGGCCAUCGGUUCAAAUGGCUUACUCCAGUGGCAUUCUCUUUAGUUGCGAGAAUGUUGAUUGUUCCUUUGAUUUGCUUACCAGCCAUAAUAUUCCGCCCAGCGUCGCUUUCACCAGUAUUGAUGAUGGACCCGACAUUUACAUUGACGCUUGUAUUGAUUGUGGCUGCUCCAACCGCCAUCAAUAUUAUUCAAUUAUGUCAGAUUAAGGGAUUCUUCGAGAAUGAUAUGGCAGCGGUACUGUUCUGGAGCUACUGUGUGUGGGGUAUUCCAUGCGUGUUAGGAUGGUCGCUUGUAGGUUUGUGGGCAGCAAAAUAGAAAUGAGUAAAAGGAUCGAGUACCGGAUUAAUGGAUGGAUGUCAUGACCCAAAUAUAUUAUUUCUUGGACAACUAGAAAAUAGAUGUACAGUAUAUUAUUAAAAGAAUUAGAAUGCUUAGGCGACUGUUGUAUUUCCAG